AUCAUCCUCCCUUUAAAACUCUGUAUCUUCCUCUGGGAAUCUCUCAUUUUCAUCAGAUUUAAGUUUUUCUCUUUGUAAAUUCUUCGUUGUGGCCGAGGAGGCUCGAGAUCGAGAGGCACAGAUGGCGGUGGCAAACGCAGAGGUCAAAGUAAAUAAGAAGAAGAAUUGGUGCAUCUGCUCUCCCGCACCGCACCCCGGCUCCUUCCGCUGCCGGCGUCAUCGUAUGUUCUACCAGUGGGGCAGAAGAGGCAUCUUGCAGCAGCAGCAGGAAAGAGUGCCUGCUCCAAAGCAAGAAGCAGAGGCAGAGAAAGGGGUGGAAGGGAAUAAAAAGAAGUGGUGCAUCUGUUCUCCAACAACACACCCCGGCUCCUUUCGUUGCAGGCACCAUUGCAUGAACUACCAAUUGGGUACGAUGCGAACCAGCCACCAUACAAGCUCGCUGGUUCGCCACACAAGCACUUAA